GAGAGAGAGAGAGAGAGAGAGUUACGAAGAAAUGUCGACACUCUCAGCCUCAUUCUCCUACGAGAAGUCGCAGCUGCUCUCCCGAUCCAACCACCAAAUUCAAAAUAUGUCGACAUGUCUUUGCCCCUUUGCCUGGAUCCGAGUUCGAUCACCUAUAAACACCUUCGUCCUAUUCUUCUUUCUCGUCGUUCAAAUCUUCCGUUUUCCAAUCUCCAACCCCGCCGACGCAGAUUCCUCGCCAUGUCAUUCUUUCAGGACAUCUUGCCGUUGGUCGGCCUCCACAGAAUUCGGCAACAGACUCGGAGCCUCUUCUCCGACUCCUUUUUGCAUAAGCUAUCCCAGUCCAUGUCCAACUCCAGUUGCAGCGGCGACGGCUCCGAGUUGGAAACCUGCCGGGACGAGCCAGCCGCUUUCGUCCUCAAACUAGUGGCAAUCGCCGCCAUUCUCACCGCUGGCGUCGCGGGCGUCACUCUCCCCCUGAUGGGCGGGCAGCGGCGGUUCAUCCGCCCGGACUCCAACCUCUUCUUCGCCGCCAAGGCCUUCGCGGCCGGUGUAAUUCUUGCCACCGGGUUCGUCCACAUGCUGCCGGACGCGUCUUCGGACCUCACCGACUCGUGCCUCCCCAAGUUCCCCUGGUCCGAAUUCCCAUUCUCCGGGUUCUUCGCGAUGAUGGCGGCGCUGGCGACGCUGCUGGCGGACUUCGUCGGAACUCAGUACUACGAGAGGAAGCAGGAGCAGAAGGCGGCGGCGGGGGGUCGGAUCGCUCGGGUGGACUCAGUGGACUCGGGGAUUGUGGAAGUGAAGGAGAACGACGGGAAGGUGUUCGGAGAAGAGGAAGGCGGUGGAAUGCACAUUGUGGGGAUCCAUGCGCACGCGGCGCACCAUAGGCACAGCCACCCCCACGGCCAGGAGGCAUGUGAGGGGCACGUGACGGAACAUCCCCAUGCCUCACACUUGCACUCUCAUGGCUUUGCAGAUGAGAAUGGAGGUGGUGGCGCCCGGCACGUCGUCGUUUCACAGGUUCUGGAACUGGGGAUCGUAUCUCAUUCCAUAAUCAUCGGGCUUUCCCUAGGAGUUUCAGAGAGCCCGUGUACAAUUCGACCCCUUAUCGCAGCAUUGUCCUUCCACCAGUUCUUCGAAGGAUUCGCGCUUGGGGGGUGCAUAUCCCAGGCUCAGUUCACGACCUUCCACUCGGCAGUAAUGGCUUUCUUCUUCGCGUUCACGACACCAACCGGGAUCGCUGUUGGAACCGCCAUUUCUUCCUUCUACAACGCGGACAGCCCGAGAGCGCUGAUUAUUGAAGGCACCUUGGAUGCUAUAUCUGCGGGGAUUCUAAUAUACAUGGCAUUGGUGGACCUAAUUGCAGCCGAUUUCCUGAGUAAGAGGAUGAGCUGCAAUGUGAGACUACAAGUAGUCUCUUAUUUUGCUCUCUUUCUUGGGGCCGGACUGAUGUCCUUACUUGCCAUCUGGGCUUAGCUAAUCAGAGGAUUUAUGGGUUUUUUGAAUUUAUGGGUUUUUUUCCCCCCCAAUUUGGUUGCAAAAUGGUAGGAAAUGUUAUAUUGUUGGUUUUCUUUUUCUUUUAGGAUCUAUAUGUAGUUUAAGGUUAUCCAUUGAAGGGUUUCAUUAGGUAGGUGCCUUAAUUUAGUUUCCCUGGUUAUAAGGUUGUUACAAUAUGGGUAUGAAAUUUGUGGAUAGGAAUGUGAUUCUUUUCAAACUCUUAAUAGAUGAACUCGAUAUUUUUCGAUUCUUCCA